GGGUCACGCGCCUGAACCGGCCCAUGCCAAGCCACCGCUGCUACAAAAAUUUAGAUCGAAGCUUCAGAUCCAGCGUCGACGGCUUCAGAUCUCACAUCGCAGGUCGAAAAUUUUCUUUCACUUAAAGAAAUCUCUCGAUGUCUGAGGAGAGCGGUUCCGUUCUCGGUCGCCUCGGCGACUGGAGGCGAGCAUUCCUUUGGUUGGAUCUUUGAAUCCGAAGUCAAAGACGUCGCCACUGCUUUCGAUUGCUCUCGUUCUUGUGGGUACGUUUCUUAUAAUUGGAUACUGUUACCAUGGAUCAGGUGGUAGUCAUCUCGAGUCCGUUAGCAGGACGGAAGCUACAGGUGUGUCCUGCACAGCAGAAGUUCAACGAGCAAUACCCGUUCUUAAGAAGGCAUAUGGUGACAGCAUGCGCAAAGUUCUGCACGUGGGUCCUGAAACUUGUGCUGUGGUCUCAAAUUUGUGGAAAGAAGUUGAUACCGAAGCUUGGGGUGUGGAACCAUACGAUCUGGAGGAUGCUGAUAGUAGCUGCAAGAGCCUUGUGCGCAAGGGCAUUGUUCGUGUAGCUGAUAUAAAAUUCCCCCUACCUUACAGGCCAAAAUCAUUUUCACUCGUCGUAGUGUCAGAUGCACUGGAUUAUUUAUCUCCAAAGUAUCUUAACAAGACCCUUCCAGAUUUAGCAAGGGUGUCUGCGGAUGGUCUUGUUAUCUUUACCGGUUAUCCAGGUCAACCAAGGGCAAAAAUUUCUGAGCUAUCAAAAUUUGGAAGGCCGGCCAAACUUCGGAGUGCUUCCUGGUGGGUUAGAUAUUUUUUUCAGACGGGGUUAGAAGAGAAUGAAACAGCCAUGAAGAAAUUCGAGCAGGCUGCAACCAAGAAGUCAUACAAGCCAAGGUGCCAAAUUUUCCACCUCAGCUCAUACAGUUGAACUUGCUUUACAUCCGAUUACACUUCCACGCAAAGCAAAUUCCUUCAGCAACCAUCUGAAGUGUAUCCAUUUUGGAGGUUUGCAUCCAACCUUGUUAUAUGCUCCAAUUGAAGAUAUGUUGAUAGUUAUUAAUUCAAUUACUCUGGAGUAGAGAAAUUGAUUUGUUUCAUUGUAAGGAUAUAGUCUUUAGAUGGCUAAUAUACAUACUUUUUAGAUGCUUUGUUACAUGAUUGUGCUAACAUCGUUGAGCUAUUACCAGCGCUCAGAUGCCUUUUGUUACGACUACUGAUGGGAUAACAUCAUAAUAACUGGUGGUGAAUGUCUCAGGUUUCUGUAGUUUAUCACUUC